AUAUCACAUAAAAUUUAUUAUUAACAUUAUCGUAUUAUACGAUAAUGUUAAUAAUAAAAAUAGAAUUAAACCAUUCAAAUCUGUUUCAAUUUUGGUUUGUAAAUUUGCAAGUCUUGCUCCUAUAUCUCCUCUGCCCUGUCUUGACAAAUCCAUACACAACUCAAGUUACACACACGCGACCUCGUACGUAAGUAAAGCUUUGUAGUUCGACCAGAUUUACAAACCAUGGUACUAAAAUUCUUGAUAUUUCUUGCUACGAUUCAUGGGUUUUUAACAUCGAUUACAGAGUCAGUUCGGUUUGAUCUUGAAUCGGGCAACACUAAAUGCAUUUCUGAAGAUAUCAAAUCCAACUCAAUGACUGUUGGGAAUUACAGGAUUGUUAAUCCUAGUGAACCCCAUCAUUUUCAUCCCUCUUCUACUGAACAAGCUCAUCAGCCUUUGCCUGAGUCUUAUAAACUUACUGUCAGGGUAACGUCUACGUCUGGAAAUAGCUAUCACUAUGCGGAUCAUGUGCAGAAUGGUCAGUUCAGUUUUCAGGCAGUGGAAGCUGGAGAUUACAUGGCUUGCUUUUGGGCUGUUGAUCAGACUCCGCCCGCAACAUUGACUAUUGACUUUGAUUGGAAGUCGGGUGUGGCCACCAAGGACUGGUCUAAUGUUGCCAAGAAAGGAUCUAUUGAUGCUAUGGAAAUAGAGGUGAAGAAAUUGUAUGAAACUGUUACAUCCAUCCACGAGGAGAUGUUUUAUCUUCGCGAAAGGGAAGAAGAGAUGCAAGAACUUAACAAGGCUACAAACUCAAAAAUGGGAUGGCUCAGUUUGCUGUCACUUAUGAUUUGCUUAUCAGUUUCGGGUAUGCAGUUAUGGCAUCUGAAGUCAUUUUUCGAGAAGAAGAAGCUUAUUUAACAGAAGUUACGUAUCACCGGUAGUCUGCAGUAUUUAAUACUUAAUAGUAAAAUUUAUGUUGCACGUUACACAGUGGUUUGGUUUGUAAAUUGUAUUUUAAGUAAAGACCGAAGACUUGAAGACUUUGUGCCUGUUUGGCCACGGAAAAGUACUUUUAUUUUAAAAGAGUUGCCUUCUUCUUUUCUUGA